AUGGACAAUCUUCACGCGUCCAGCCUUGUCACCCCCCAGAAUGACAACAAGAAGAGAUCAUUGCGUACCUACGGCAAGAAGCGAACCCUACAGACGAGCGAUGCUCCCGCCUCGACCGACAAACGACGACGCAUCACGGCAGCCGAGCCUGAACUUCCACCGCCAUCUACAGUUAGCCGCCAAUCUCCAUCAUCUUCAACAAGCACCUUCGCGAAGGGCUCGAUAUUGAACUACUUCAAACCAUGUCUAUCGAGCUGCGAUGCCGGCUUGACGGACCGCUCAUCAGACCCACCGCACAUGUCUUCCACUCCGCCAUCCUCACCACCACCCACUGAUACGAAGAGGACACCGCGCCGGCUGCGCCUACGACCGCCAACACCAGUCAUCGCGCCACUCGGGACAACAGACUUGGAGGAUCCGAAAGUAAGCGAAGAGAACAGGCAAUGCUCCGUACAGUACAAGGGCAAGGCGUCCCAGAUGCCUGGCAAGAAGACAGGCGCUGUCCGCUCCACCCUACAGCAAUCCCCAGACACAACACUCAACACCAAAUUAGCGUUUGUGGAAGCUGAGGAGGGACAAAAAGUCAAGACGACCCGUUCCAGGUCCGCUCCCAUACAAACAACGAUCAAUCUAUCGACGAAGCCGGCCUUCGAGGAAUGCAAGAUGUGCCAUAUCGUCUAUAACCCAUUGCACCCGAAGGAUGUCAGAUACCACACACAAAGACAUAAGGCAAUUAUGAGAAGCCAAGGGAGGGAAUGA